AUGGGGAGUAACGCCGAUGCUUACUUUCCAGUGCAGCGCAUUGCCCAAGCAUGCCUACAAUGCCGGUACGCAAUUGAUACCCCCUCUGUGGACACUCACGCUUUGGCCUGCGAGCGACAGCUAAUUCCGGAAGACGAAAAAAAUGCCGUUGCACUGGCGAUCGACCUGUCUGCGGACAAUGCCGACGACUCAACAUUGGUAAGUGAUGCUUUGCAUCCAAUGUUAACCUUGUCGGACCUGGGUGUAACGGUACAAGACUGUGUAUAUCCUGUCGAAGCUUCUCGGCGGCAGGCUCCUAGGCAACAAAGGACUCGUUCGGUGAGCAUUGACGACCCCGACCUUUCUCAACAAACCUCCGAGUCAAGCGACACACAGACUUCAGAGCUCGUUAGUAGGAUUGGAACACUUGAAGCAAAGAUCGAGUCGAUGGGAUCAAGUCUGCAACGGAUUGAAAGAUGCCUCGUUUCGCUAUUAGAUAGCAGUAACACUAACCUGGGUGGUAUGGGGCUACCAGCAUCUUCCGGGCGUACAGAGAGCAGCAGCAGCCCUAGGACAGGGCUCGAGACCGCAGAGCAAGGCACUACGUUCCAACCUUCACGACAAAAUGACGCUGCGAUCGAGGACUUUGGGACGCCGGAGGAUGUGCUUAUGGCAGUCAUUGAUUCAUACUUUAGUUACUGCCAGAAUCAGCCCUACUCGUUCUUUCAUGAAGAAUCUUUCCGGCGGUGUCUGUCGCAACACGCUAUCCCUAGACAUCUAGUCCUAGCCGUCAUGGCGACUGCGGUCCGGUUUUGCUCGCAUCCGUACUUUUCGGGGCGCGCGUUAGAGAUGUCUGUCGAAUAUGCCAACAGAUCUUGGAAACUCAUUGUGUCAGACUGUUUUACCGUCGGCAAGGUGGCAGAGGUAUCCACAGUCCAGACAGUCGCCUUGCUAGGCUUGUUCGACUUUACUGCCGGUCGAUUACGCCAUGGCUCAGCGUGGGUCAAAGUCGGCCUGGCCGUCAGGAUCGCACAGGAUUGUGGGCUCAUGCUAGAGAACGCAGCGCAUCUCUCGUAUGCCGAACAGGAAGAGCGACGACGGGUGUUUUGGUCAGUCUAUCUGUUGGAUCGCUUGGUCUCGUGCGGCCGUGGUCGACCGCCAGCCAUCGUUGACGCGUCGUGCCACCUACAGCUGCCGUGUGACGAGUCAAUCUGGAGGGAGGGCCUAUGGGCCAAAACACAAUCGUUGGACGAGAUGACAAACCGAACCCUCUCAGUAUCCCAACGCCAAUGCCCUUUGGCACAAGUUAUUGCUAUUGCGCAGAUCCUCGGCCGAUGUGCACAAUAUGUACUUCAAGACUUCAACAUCAGAGGCCCACAUCCACCUUGGGAUCCUGGCUCGGAUUUUGCCGGCAUUGAAUCCGAUCUUCUCCAUUUCGAGGCAUAUUUGGAGAUAGAGAGACCAAUCGAUGAGAUACUCGCACCCUAUAUUUUGGCUGAAGGCGUGGUAGACAGCCAGUCCUCAGGCCCGAUCAUCUUCUCUCGAGCAUUAUUUCACCUCUGCUAUUGUCUACUCAACCAUCCCUUCUUAUUACGGCGCCGCAUCAACACAUGCCGGAACCUUGCUCCUAUCAGUUUUAUUAAGCGAUCAUCUGACUUGGCCUGGCUUCACGCACAGCAGAUGAUGGCUCUUAUCCGGGAGUCGCGCAAGUUAGGCUGCUCGUUUCACUCCUCUUCCAGCGGCUAUGCCGUGACAGUCGCGGGCUCCAUUAUCGCGUUACGGACGUAUGACGAAGAUUCGCCAACUUGCCAAGAGGCUCAAAUACUGCUUGAAGAGGCCUUGGGCUAUCUGGAUAUCAUUGGUCAGCACUGGAGUAAUGUCAGAACAAUGGUGACGUGCUAG